ACCUCUGCUCCAGCCUGAAGAUCACCGAUCAGUCCAACCAGAACAUCAGCGUCACCAUCUUCGUUGAGAAACUGGAGGACCAUCCCAAAAUCUUUCAGAUCGGAGACAUCAUUCGCAUGCACAGAGUCAAGACUAAAUUCUACAAUGACUCCCUCACGCUGAUCAACACCUUCAGUUCCUCUGUGGUGACGUUUGAUGGGGCGGAGGGCGCGCCUAUAGAGCCGCGAACCUCUAGCCGCUCCUUCCACCUGGACCAGGGGGACCAUCGGAUUGUAGAGGAGCUGCGAUCCUGGGCCGCCAGCCAGGCUCUUGUCCCGUCGGUUCCCUCGACCCCUCUGUCUGCCGUUCAGCCCAAAGCUUACUUCGACCUGACCUGCCAGCUGCUGGCCAAAGCUCCCAUCGACACCACCUGCACCGUGCUGCGG